UUUUGCUCUUAUUCUCAAUGGGUAACCUAACCCCGGUAAGCUCGUGGGAAGGUUAUCUAACGUGGAAUUACGAGAGCCAAGGAAUUUUACUACGUAUAUCCUUGAGCCUUCCCCCGCAACCCGGAAUCACAUUCGUGGCCUUACUUCUCUUGGCAUGGAACCUCUCGUGUCUAGAGUUUUUAGGAACCACCACCUCCAGGGCCCAGCAGUCCAUUGGGUUUUUUUUUUUACUUCAUCUUUGAUCGUCCAGAAGGUUGCCCCUGUACUGGCGUUCCAAGUUCAGUCAGUAAACUUACUGCUCCUUAGUCCGCUCAGUCCUGUGGGGACAGUCCCUUUCAUAAAGGAAUUGUUGGUCGAGGCGGAGAUAACUAAACCCAUCAGAGUUUAAUAAAAGCUUUGCGCGGCCUACGGAUGCGAGAGGUGCU